AUGGUCAGCGAACAAAGCGGUGUUCUCUCGGGGAAUAAUCCCAUGAAUGUUAAUGCAGGUGACCCUCUACAACUCGCCAUAGUACAGGUCUUCAUAAUAGUAGCCUUUACUCGCCUUCUCCAUCUUGUUCUUAAAUAUAUUCGUCAACCACGAGUCAUAUCUGAAGUGAUAGGUGGAAUUAUCCUUGGCCCUUCUGUACUGGGUCAUAUUCCGGGAUACAUGAAUACUGUCUUUCCAGCUGCUUCCCUUACUUACCUUAACCUUCUGGCUAAUUUGGGCCUGGUCCUAUACUUAUUCCUAGUUGGUUUAGAAUUAAAUCCAAGGAUAAUAAAAAAUAAUUUAAGAUCUGUUAUUUUUAUCUCUGCAUCCGGUAUAAUAUUACCUUUUGCUUUGGGUGUAGGCGUCGCAUAUGGCAUUUAUGAUACAAUGGGUGUUACGGGUGUGCCAUUUACUAGUUUUUUACUGUUCAUUUGCGUUGCCAUGGCUAUUACGGCUUUCCCAGUCCUCGCACGUAUAUUGUCGGAGCUGAAACUUAUGAGAACUCCCGUGGGUAAUCGCGCACUAACCUCUGCUGUUGGUGACGAUAUUACCGCUUGGAUUCUACUUGCUAUAGUUAUUGCCAUAAUCAAUGCCUCAAAUUAUCUCACCGCUCUUUAUUCUUUCUUACUCUGCGUUGCUUGGUCCUUGAUUGUUGGAUUUAUUAUUCGCCCGAUUUUAUUAAGACUCAUUGUUGCAACAAAUUCAAAUCAAACUUCUCCUUCAACAUUAAUGGUUGCUAUCACUUUAUCCGUCGUUUUAAUAUCUGCAUUUGUUACAAAUAUCAUUGGAAUUCAUUACAUCUUUGGAGGUUUCAUUGUUGGUGUAAUACUUCCUCAUGAAGGAGGUUUCUCGGUGGGAAUUACUGAAAAAAUUGAAGAUUUGAUUAGUGUCUUGUUCAUACCUAUUUAUUUUACACUAUCUGGAUUGAAAACUGACAUUGGUGGCCUGGAUGCUACAGGAUGGGGUUGGGUGAUAUUGGUCAUAGUCGUUGCUAUGGUUGGUAAAAUAUUCGGUUGUACUAUUGCUGCUAAACUCACUGGCUUAACAUUUAGAGAAGCUUUAACAGUUGGUAUUUUUAUGAGUUGUAAAGGUCUUGUAGAAUUAAUUAUUCUCAAUAUUGGUUAUGAUGCACAAAUUAUAAAUGUUAAGGUUUUCUCGAUUAUGGUCAUCAUGGCUCUGGUGACUACAUUCCUUACAACUCCACUUGCCACUUAUUUAUAUCCUGUUCAAUAUCAAAAACAAAUGGAGCGUAAACGAGCUAAAAAGGAUCUUGAAUCAGCAACUGAUUCAUCAUCUUCAAAACUUCUUAGAUUAUUGGUUGUAUUGAACAAAGUUGAAAAUCUACCGGCUAUGGUAACUUUUGUGCAACUUUUACAACCAAACAAUCCUAAUAAUGAUCCUAUCAAAUCCGAUUUACAAAUUUCCGAAGAAAAUUCCGAAAUCUCUAAAGUUUCUAAACCUAUGAAUGUUCAUGUUUUACGUUUCGUCGAACUUACACAACGUAUGUCAGCGGUGAUGAAAUUUAAUGAAAUUUCAGAGACUAUUUUACAUGAUCCGAUUAUGAAUAUGUUUACUGCACUUGGUCACGUUAGUUCUACAAAAGUCGAUGCUAAAUUAUCUGUUGCUGCUCCAAAGGACUUUUGUCGAGAAAUUAUUGAUAAGAUACAAGAUGCUGAUAUUAAUUUGGUAAUAAUUCCAUGGAGUGGUGCCGGUGAGAUAAUAGACACGCCAAUUGAAAAUAAAAAUCAUGCUCCACGUGAAAAAAAAAACACAAGUCCUCAAGUUGCAACUUUUGUUCAGGGUGUUUUUAAUGAUGCAACAGUUUAUGCAACCGUAGGUGUAUUCGUGGAUCGUGGCUUUGGUAGCACUGACAACACCCGUACACUUCCUAAUCCUAUGGGUUAUCUUCAUAUUUUUGUACCUUUCUUUGGUGGUGCUGAUGAUCGUGAGGCUCUCACUUUCUCUUUUAGAUUACUUGAAUAUCCAAAUGUUAGUGUAGCUGUAGUGAGAAUAAAAAAAUCAGAAAAACCUACCGAAAAUGAUGUCGUAUUAAAAUCUGAUGCUCAAUCCGAGGUUAGCAAUGUAGAUGAUGAAAAAGAUCGACCUCCACUUGAUCGACAAAUUUCGACCAUUUCUGUUAGUGAAGCUGUAGCACGUCAAGAAAAUGAAGAGGAUGAAUCCUUUUUAGAAAUGCACUUAAAAUCAAAAUCUGGUUAUCCUGCGAGAAAUGCACGUAUAAGUUAUAAAGAAGUUACUUCUUAUACACCAAUACAAACUGCUGUUGAACGUGCAAAAGAAAUUGUUAACAGAAAAGAUUUAGUUGUUGUAGGGCGUAGUCGUCAUUCGCAUUCGAAUGAACGUCAUCACCAUUAUGAAUUUAGGGAAUUAAUUAAAAAUUUAGGACAUUAUGGCAACGAUACACAUAAAUCUUUAGGCUAUGUUUCUGAAGCAUUUUUAGUUGGAGGUGUUACGGCAAGUCUUUUGGUGUUACAAGCAAAACAAGAAGGAGCAAAUGAGUUGGCUAAAUAA